CUGUAUAGCUACCGGAAACGUCACAGUGUGAGCUGACAGCCUUCACCUUUAACUCGUUACAAAUAGACAGCUUCAAGAUUAUGAUAGAAAUAUUAAUAUAUAAUCCCGUAUCAUUAAAACCGUCAUGAAGUCCGUGUUCGUCACUGUGGGGACAACAAGCUUCGAUGAAUUAAUCUCGUGUGUAACAUCAGAGGACGUCAUCCUGGCGCUUCGGGAGCUUGGCUAUGGCAGACUGGUUCUGCAGAUCGGACGCGGCACUGUCCAACCCGUUCCGUACAGCUCGGCUCAGUUUACCCUCGAGGUGUUCCGAUACAAGGAUUCCAUAACAGAAGAGAUCCGAACCGCUGACCUUGUCAUCAGCCAUGCCGGUGCAGGGAGCUGCCUGGAGACCUUGGGAGCCGGGACGCCUCUCUUGGUUGUUGUAAACGAUCAGCUGAUGAACAAUCACCAGUUAGAGCUGGCCAGACAGCUGCACCGGGACGGGCAUCUCUACUACUGCACCUGCAGGACACUCUCGGACACUUUGAAGAAGAUGGAUCUCUCCGCACUUAACCCUUUCCUGCCCGGCCAGACGGAGAAGUUUGCCGCAUUCCUGGACAAAGCAGUUGGGCUGCAGUGAACAAAGCCCCUUAAUGUUUCAUUUUAAAGACAGACGUCAUGGUGAAAGCUGUGCACUGUACACUAAAGGGUCUGUGUUUGUUUGGGUUUUUUCUCAGCAAGGGUUAUAUUUCGAGGGUUUCCAACAUGCUAAGGUGAACCUGCUCUCAUCCCCUGAUGUUUUGUCUAAUAUUUUACAGUGAAUUUGAUCAUAAAAUUCUGAGGUUUGAUUCUGAGGUCAAUCAAAGGCAUCAGCCUCAACCUUGACCUGACUUUGUUUCUUCUAAGCUUUCCCUUGGCAUUGUGAGCGUUUUGAAGUUCUGAUUGAAGGACAUUGAUCAGUGUGCUGUGGGCAGUUUACCCAGCUGUACUGGUUUGACUGGAAAUGCCCGUUUUCCACCCUGGACUGUCAUGUGUUUCAGCUUUUACUUGUUAAAGAAACCAUUAAAGAGUAAAGAUCUCUGAGUAACCAUGUAGUUGCUAGUUGCCUAUAUUUUAUUUUGGGGUAUGCUGAAUUGCAUUGUACAGCCUUACAUGCAGACCACCAAUUUAAAACCAGUAAGAACAUAAGAAAGUUUACAAACGAUAGGAGGCCAUUCUGCCCAUCUUGCUUGUUUGCUUGUUAGUAGCUU